AUACUACUGUUUUUUUGAGUCAAAAGCGCGAGCGGGACGUCUGGUUUUGUACAUACGGAAGCAUUGUAUAAACUAGUCGAUGUUUUAGAAUUAUGGGUGAUAAUAAAAGAGCAUCUUAUAGUCCGAUGAAUGCAGAACUUCUCCGUGAUGAGAAAGAGCCUUUGCGGGAGGCAGAUUUAUCUUCUAAGGAUAUGGUGUGGGUUCCUCAUGAACGAGAAGCAUUUGUCGCAGCUAUUAAGCUUCAAGAACAAGGAGAAAACGUUGUAGUACAGCUCGUAGAGUCAGGAAAGAAAUGUACGUUUCCUAAGGAUUAUGUUCAAAGAAUGAACCCCGCAAAAUACGACAAGAUAAAGGACAUGGCAAACCUAUCCUUUAUGAAUGAAGCAUCAGUCUUAAAUAACUUAAAAACGAGAUAUUAUUCAGGAAUGAUCUAUACAUACUCCGGAUUGUUUUGUGUGGUUGUUAACCCAUAUAAACGAUUACCGAUCUAUGACGAAGAGAUAGUAGAGUGGUAUAAAGGAAAAAAGCGCCAUGAAAGACCACCACAUAUAUUCGCUAUUGCUGACGGAGCUUACCGUAGCAUGCUUCAAGACCGUGAGGAUCAGUCGAUUUUGUGCACCGGUGAAUCAGGAUCUGGAAAGACUGAAAAUACGAAAAAGGUAAUACAAUACCUCGCAUGUGUUGCCACGUCUGCAAAACAUCAAAAAACAUCAGCCAAAAAUGUAAUGUCAAAGUUUAACACGAAAGAUUUCAGUAUUGGUGAACUUGAAGCACAACUUUUGAAGGCAAAUCCCAUUCUUGAAGCCUUUGGGAAUGCCAAAACAAUUAAAAAUGAUAAUUCUUCACGUUUUGGUAAAUUUAUUCGUAUUAAUUUUGACACAUCUGGAUUCAUUGCUGGAGCUAAUAUUGAAACAUAUCUUUUAGAGAAAGCUCGUGUUAUUCGUCAGGCAGUGGAUGAACGCAGCUUCCACAUAUUUUAUCAGCUUUUGGCAUCAGCUACUCCAGCAAUGCAACAACAACUAUUAUUAAAUCAUGCUAGUGCUUAUCGUUUCCUUUCAAAUGGUAUGAUCGAACUUCCGGGGAUCGAUGAGCAACAGUUUUUCCGUGAAACAACUGAAGCCAUGGAUAUAAUGGGAAUUAAUAACGAAGAUCAAAAUGCCAUAUUCCGCGUGAUAUCUGCUGUGCUUCAUCUAGGAAACUUAGAAUUUCGUCAGGAACGAAGUUCUGACCAAGCAACUUUACCAGAUCAUUCAGUCGCUGAAAAGGUAUCCCAUCUUCUGGGUAUCCCUCUGAAUGAAAUGGUCAAAGCGUUUUUGAAACCGCGCAUCAAAGUUGGGAAAGAUCUGGUGUCAAAAGCUCAAACCAAGACGCAAGUGGAAUUCGCUGUUGAAGCUAUUUCAAAAUCUAUCUACGAAAGGCUCUUUCUUUGGUUAGUCGCACGAAUAAAUAAAACACUUGACAAAACUAGACGACCGGGUGCAUCAUUUGUCGGGAUUCUCGAUAUAGCUGGUUUCGAAAUCUUCCAAGUGAAUUCUUUUGAACAGCUAUGCAUCAAUUAUACGAAUGAGAAACUUCAACAACUUUUUAACCAUACAAUGUUUAUCUUAGAACAAGAUGAGUAUACUCGUGAAGGCAUACCAUGGGAAUUUAUAGACUUUGGACUUGAUUUGCAACCGACAAUCGAUCUAAUUGAACGACCUAUGGGUAUCUUCGCCUUGUUGGAUGAAGAAUGCUUCUUCCCUAAGGGAACUGACAAGUCGUUUGUUGAAAAACUCAUCAAAUCUCAGGAUAAACAUCCAAAACUGUGUAAAACUGAAUUUCGAUCUAAUGCUGAUUUCGGUGUUAUUCACUAUGCUGGUCGAGUUGAAUAUAAUUCAAAUCAAUGGCUAAUGAAAAAUAUGGAUCCUCUCAACGAUAAUGUGGUCGCACUGCUUCAGGCAUCAAAUGAUCCAUUUGUUCAGGCUAUGUGGAAAGAUGCCGAAAUUGUAAGCAUGUCAGCCACUACUACGACCGACACCGCUUUCGGUUCUGCUCGUAGUGUUAGAAGGGGAAUGUUCCGUACUGUAAGUCAACUCUACAAAGAUUCACUUAUACGUUUGAUGACUGUAUUGAAAAAUACGUCUCCAAACUUUGUCCGUUGUAUCAUUCCAAAUCAUGAAAAAAAGCCAGGGCGAAUUGAUGGUCCUUUAGUUUUGGAACAACUUAGAUGUAAUGGUGUGCUGGAGGGCAUAAGGAUUUGUCGUCGUGGUUUCCCCUCGCGUAUCCUCUUCCAGGAAUUCAGGCAGAGAUAUGAAAUUUUAACUCCAAAUGUUAUCCCAAAGGGAUUUAUGGAUGGUCGUAAAGCCGUUACUGAGAUGUUGAAGGCUCUCGACUUAAGUCAAGACGUCUACUGCAUUGGUCAUAGUAAAAUAUUUUUCAAAGUUGGUGUUCUGGCUCAGUUAGAAGAAGACCGUGAUAUACACUUGACUAACUCGAUCAUUAAAUUCCAAGCAUAUGCUCGUGGUUAUCUAGCCCGACGAGCUAAGGAACAACGCAUACAAAACAUUCAAGCUAGCAAAAUAAUCCAAAGGAAUUGUGAUGCUUACCUUAAACUGAGAAAUUGGCCCUGGUGGCGUUUGUUUACAAAAGUUAGACCACUUCUUACUGUUACUCGCCAAGAAGAUUUGGUCGCUGUUAAAGAAGAAGAGCUUCGGAAGAUUCGUGAACAAAUGGAAAAAGUUGUCAGUGAGCUUAAUGAAAUGCAAAGAUCUUACGAAAAGUUAAGCAAUGAGAAAGUCCAGCUAAAUGCUGAAUUACAACAAGAACACGAUUCAAAUCAAAAUUUACAGACAGAGCGUGAUCGUCUACGCGAAAAAUUACAAACUUUAGAAGAAGACUAUAUGGAACUUGAGAAUAGAGAUAGUGAAGAAAAAUCAAAAUUACAUAACCUGGAAGCUGAACAAAAACGUCUGUUAGAACAGAUAUCAGAUUUAUCAGAUCAGUUAGAAUUGGAAGAACAACAACGCCAAAAAUUACAAGUUGAAAAGACAUCUAUCGAACAAAAAGUUUCUCAACUUAACGAUGGCUAUGUUAGCAUUGAAGAUAAAUAUAAUAAACUUGUUAAAGACAAAAAGCAGUUGACUGAUCGAAUAGAUUUGUUAACUAGUCAGUUAGCAGAAGAAGAAGAGCGUAGUAAACAAUUAACUAAACUUAAAAGUAAAUAUGAAAGUAACCUUAAUGAACUUCAGGAUAAACUUGUCCGUGAACAAAAAUCUCGUCAAGAUAUCGAAGUGGCAAAAAGACGACUUGAAACUGAGGCUUCCGAACGUCUAGAUCAAGCAUCGGAAUCGUCUAGGAUUGUUGAGGAGCUCCGAGCCACAGUGGCUAAACUUGAGGCAGAAGUUGCUCAAUUACAAAAUCGAUUAGAUGAAGAGAUUGUUGCCAAAGCUGUGGCACAAAAAUCAGUGCGAGAAUAUAAAUCACAUAUUCAAGAACUCAAAGAAGACUUAGAAGCUGAACGAAUGGCUCGUGACAAAGCUGAUGAAGCUAAAAGAGAUCUGACGGAAGAAGUGGAGGCGAUGAGAUUAGAACUCAUUGACAGUGGAACAAACAGCGAGGCACAAACUCAAGCUCUCCGAAAAUAUGAAUCUGAUUUAUCCAACCUACGUCAUCAGCUUGAAGCUCAGUCAAACGCCCAUGAAGCUACUAUUCAAGAUAUGCGCAAAUCUCAUGCCGCAACUCUAGAAACAUUAAACGAUCAAAUUGAACAACUUAAAAAAAGUAAAGUUUCCUUAGAAAGAUCAAAAGUUCAACAAGAUUCAACAACUGAUGCAUUACAGAAACAAAUCCAAAGCCUUAAACAAGACAAAACGGAAAUUGACAAACGUCGUCGUCAAGUUGAACAGCAACUAAAUGAAAGUUUAGUCAAAAUGCAAGAAACAGAAAUGCAACGUAAUGAUUUAGAGUCCAGACUCACUAAAGCAUUGAAUGAAAUUGAAGGUUUGAAUAAUGCAAUGGAAGAAAUCGAAACUAAAUUAGGCAAGGUCUCGCGUUCUGAAACCUCUGCACAAUCUGAACUCAAUCAUUUACGUGCACGUUUGGAAGAAGAAACUCAGGCAAAAUUAAGCUUACAGUUACAGUUACGUCAAGUAGAGGAUGAAAGAGAAACAGUAAAGGAUUCAUUGGAUGCUGAAGAACAAGCCAAAACUGCCCUAGAGAAACAUAUUAUAGCACUUACUACUCAGAUGCAAGAUGCAAAGAAAAAAGUGGAGGAAGAUACACACUAUUUGGAAACCCUGGAAGAUGCACGUAAAAAACUUCAACGCGAAUUGGAUGAUACCCGGAAUCGUAAUGAAGAACUUGUUUCACAAGUUGAAAAGUUAGAGAAGUCACGCAAGAAAUUACAAAGUGAACUUGAAGAUAUGAAUCAUGUCAUGGCUAGUCAACGAUCUGAUCAAGCUAAUAAUGAACGUCGAAUCAAGAAAUUAGAAUCAACUCAUGCAGAAACUGUUAAUCAACUUAAUAGUUUUCAGGCUCAAAAAGAUGCAUUUUAUCAAGAAAUGCUUGAAAAAGACACAAAAUUAUUCACACAAAAGAAUGAAAUGGAAAAGCUUAAAGAACAGCUAGAAGAGUCAGAACGCCAGCGUUCAUUACUCGCUCGUGAAUUAGAAGAACUUGGUUCUCAUGGGGAUGAUGCUGGUAAGAGUUUAGUAGGGUUGGAACAAACGAACUAUCGUCUAAAUGAACGAUUAAAAGAAACUCAACAACAAAUAGAAGAACUAGAAGAUGAGAUUUCGACAUUUACCAUGGAGAAACAACGUGCAGAGGUUCAAAUGAAUGCUGUUCGCACUCAACUAGAACGAGAAUUGGCGUCUCGCGAUGACUUGCUCGAAGAACAAAGACGUCAAUCUCUUAAACGUAUAAGAGAACUUGAAACUGAAUUAGAAGAAGAACAAAGAGAACGUGCUAGUCAUCUUAAUGUUCGCAAAAAAUUGGAAACUGAUCUUGCAGAUAUUAGUCAACGCUUUGAAUUAGCGAAUCGACAAAAAGAAGAAGCUGUAAAACAAUUGAAAAAAUACCAAGGUGUUACUGGUGGCAUUCAGCGUGAACUUGAAGAUGCUGCCCGUGCUCGUGAUCAAGCUAUAGAUUCUGCACGAGAAUUGGACAAGAAAUAUCGUAUGCUGGAUGCAGAUAAAGCUCGACUUCAAGAAGAUUUAGGUGUAAGUGAAAGAACUUGUCGUAAUCUAAAGAGUGAUUUAAAUGAAGCUUUGGAGGAGUUAUCUAUUGCAAAUAAUGCCAAAACUUUAGCACUGGAAGAAAAGAAGCGUUUAGAAGCUCGUAUUACUGCUUUAGAGGAUCAACUGGAAGAAAUACAAAGUGCCAUGGAUGCUACAGAAGAGCGCCACAAACGAGUCUACUGUCAAAUGGAACAAGCUCAGACAGAUUUAAGCGUCGAGAAGAAUAACUUCCUACGUUCAGAGUGUCAGAGAAUCUCUCUUGAAAAACAGGUGAAAGAAUUACGCGAUAGGCUAGUUGAAGCUGAAAAAGAAGGAGGUCGUCGUGGUAAAGCUCAAAUUGCAACAUUAGAAGCUCGUUUGACAACCUUAGAUGAGCAACUAGAAGCAGAAAAACUAGAGAAGUUAAAUGCAAAUAAAAAUUUCCGCAGAGCUGAAAAGAAAUGCAAAGAUUUAAUCCUCCAAAAUGAUGAUUUGAGACGAUGUGCAGAAGCGUUGAAGGAAUCUUUUGAAAAAGCUCAAUCUUCAUGUAAACAAAAUAAACGAGAAAUAGCAGGUCUUGAAGAAGAGAACGCCAGAAUCAAUGCAAGAUGUCGCCGCCUCCAAAGAGAUUUGGAAGAAGUAAUGGAAGCUAAACGAACCAUUGAACGAGAUCUACAAAAUCUUCGUAAACUUAGUCGUUGAAAAAAAGUGAUAAUCUGGAGGGGCGUAAACAACUGAUCGUUGACAGUAAUAAGAAAACACUAUCGCAUCAAGAAGAAAUAGAUAUUGGCUCUGGUAUUCUUUAUGUUUAUUCAAAUGGAAGAAUGGAAUUGUACACCAGUUAAACAAUGUACAUACCUUGUUGUAUUUGUUUUUGUAUUGUACUCGUAGUAAACAAUUUUUCAUCUAAUAGCGUGAAAAGAAACAUGUACUCUAAAAGUAUAUGAACUUAUUCGAAUAGUUGAUGUGCUUCUAACAGAAAAUAAAGUAUAGAUUAUCUACUGUCAGGCUUUCAAUAAUUAAAAUAAGAAAUAUUGGUUUCAUAGAAGAGUUUUCUUUUCAGGAAAUUCAUUUUCAAAGCUGUGCAAUCGCAAAUAUAUAGUAGUUUUAUUGUUGAGGGCUUGAAUACUCAUCAUGACAAUAGAUAGGAAAUGUUCUAACCCUUAACAAUAAAUCUAUUAUUAUUUUCCAUGAUAAAAACAAUGGUCUAAUACAUUUGCUUAUUCUACCUCGCUAUUAUCACGUUUAACACAAUUUUAUUAUCACUAUCAUUGUAAUUGUUUUCAUCUUGAAAAAUAAGUAUAUAUUUGUGAUUGCACAGCUUUGAAAAUGAAUUUGCUGAAAAGAUAACUCUGCUAUGAACCAAUCUUCAACAGGUAUAUUCUGUUUACUUUCAAUUGGUAUCUCAGAAGAAAUAAACGACAUACACCAGAAUAGGUGGGAAUGGGCGAAUAAUUAAAAAUAUUUGUAAAAGAUAUACAGAUAGAUAAUGGGCAGCACCAGUAACUGAAUAUUACAACGGAAAAUAUAACUAUCAUUAUUCUCACUGUGUUUGUGUAUACUGCAAAUAGUGACGUUAUAAAAGAAAAAUUAUGUAAUCGUAACGAAAAGACCCUGACGAUUUUUAUUCAUCAUCGAAAGGAUGUGAACCGUUUGAAGAUAAUAUAACAGUGUCGGGUAUGAAAAAACUCGUAGACACCAAAUGGCCUGUUAAAAAGUCUUAUUUCAAAAACAAAAAUGAAACAACAUACAACCGCGAGAACAAUUAUGGUGAAUUACAAUACCCGACAGUGAUGAUGGUCCUGAUCAAAGCCGCGAGAAGCAUAUAAAAUAUAAUUUUUCGUGAACACACAUGUUUUCCGGUUUACGCUUUCCUUAUCAUCUAGUUUGAUGCAUACACAUUUUUAGUGCUUGUUAUAUGGAAAAAGUACAAGCAAAACAUUUUUGAUGAAAAAACUAAAUUCACCUGAUUUGUGUUUUUACGCUAGAAAAAUUGGGAGGGAAAGGGGGUCGGUGUGAUAAAGAGAAAAAACCAUUAUUUUAGCACUACACCCCAAUCAACGUGAAAGGCGUAUGCAUAUAUGUAGUUAAACUUACUGAAUUUCAUCCGUUUCGAGAAUUCAUAGUGAUUAUGUUGUAUGGUUCACAGGAUUUUUUCCGGCGGUACCAACACAUUCUCUCUGUCCUUUCUUACUACUGCAUACACAUACAUAAAUAGCAUCCUAUUAAAGUUUUUUCCGGUCAUCAAGACUAACUGAUUUGAUAUGUUUUUCAUUACCGGUGUGUUGUGUAUUUCUGUUUAAAAUCCUAUAUGAUUUUUUACUUUUCUCUGGUGAUUGAUAUUCCCUUUCUUUGUGUACUUCUCACAUAGAGAAACGUUUUGCGUGGAAUAAUGAUAUUUUCUCCCUCUCUUUGCGUAUGUGUAGUUUACAAAUUAUUCGUUAUCAACGUAACAAAUUGUGUAUUUGAAUUUUUUCAGUGUUUUAGUGUUGUGGUUUCAUGUUUUAUUUGACUGACAAAUAUCAAAAUUAUUUUUUUAAAAUUAUCAUCAUUAUAUUCUUCUUUUCACCUAUUAUUAGAAGUACGACUCGUCCAAAUCGUCAAUUGCCGACAGUACUUUCAACACUUUCACCUGAUGUUACAGUAGAUGAACAUAAUUCAGUGAGUGAAUUGGAUUCUAUGACUAGUGAUUUUGGAAGCGGUGGAUCAGUUGCUACUCACAACAAUAAUAAUAAUAAUGCUUCUACGCCUUCAGCUAAUGAAAAUUGAAUUUUUUUCUAUUAUCUACAAACUAUUAUUAUUAUUAUCACAAAAUAUCACUGGGACAGUCUUGUUUUACUUUCCUAUUUUUCACCUAUUUUGGGCAACUCAUAGUACACAAAUAUGCUGUUACACAAUUUGCACGAACAGCUAUACACUUUAUCUAUGGUAUACUACUAUUAUGGCUGGUGUGUUAUUUUUCUCAUCACUACAUCACAAUUUCCAAAGCCAACCUGAGUUUACUUUGCGUACAUAUAUAUACGUUAAUGUGUAUGGCGGUUGUUCCAAUUCUCUAUUAACUAACACUACAAGUAUUAUUAUCUUGAUAAUCAUGGUUGCUUUAUGUAUCGGAAGAAUUUUCAUUCCUUUACACUAAGGUGCGUCUCUAAAACUUCGAACCUUGGUGUUUUUCAAACCUCCGAUUUUUUUUAACAAAAUAGAAAUAAACUUUUUCUAACUUUGUUGGUUUUUUAAUGAUUCUGAUUGGAUUUUUAUAAAAAAGUUUUGCUUUGCUCCAUUUGUAAAUCAAUGUUAAAACUAACAACAUAUUUGUUAUUGCUUGUUUAAUUAUGAUAUAUAUUUCAGCCAUUAUCAGCAGUCAAAUACAUCACUAAAUAUGGGACUUAUUACUUUUCUUAAGAUAUGUUCUUUCCUUUUUGUUCUACAAAUAUUGCGUCCAACCGUCAACAGUUAGAAUUGUUGAAAUUUAUGCUACCUGCCUGCCUUCUCUGCAAACAAAACUAAUUUAAAAUUGAUAUGAUGUUUUCUAUCUUGAGAUGCGUUUUUAAAAAAAAUUAUACUUGCACAACCUAUAGUUCUUUUCUGUCUUCGACCUUCGAUGUCAAUCUGAA